CCAACUUCUUCUCGCUGGAUCGGAAACUGGGGGAAGGUGGUUUUGGAGCGGUUUAUAGAGGGUGUCUCAGUGAUUCAGAUAUGCCAGUUGCUGUCAAGAGGAUCUCCAGGGGUUCUAGACAAGGGAUCAAGGAGUACACAACUGAAGUUAUGAUCAUUAGCCGUUUGAGGCAUCGAAAUCUUGUUCAACUAAUAGGCUGGUGCCACGAAAAAGGCGAGCUCUUGCUUGUUUAUCAGUUCAUGUCAAAUGGGAGCCUUGAUUGUCACCUCUUUGGAGAGAAUAGUUCUCUCCCGUGGCCUGAAAGAUACGGUAUAGCUCUGGAGUUGGCUUUUUCCUUGCUCUACCUUCAUGAAGAAUGGGAGCAAUGUGUGGUUCAUCGUGACAUCAAAGCAGCUAAUGUCAUGCUGGAUUCUGGGUUCCAUGUCAAGCUUGGGGAUUUCGGUUUGGCUCGAUUGGUUGACCAUGAGCUAGGCCCUCAGACCACAAGGUUAGCUGGAACCAUUGGGUACAUGUCUCCCAAGUACAUCAGUACUGGAAGGGCCGAAGAAUCAGAUGUCUAUAGCUUUGGGGUUGUCUGUUUGGAGAUUGCCACUGGAAGGAGGGUUGUUGAUUACAUUGAAGAUGGAUUGGAAAUGUGUAUGGUGGAAUGGGUUUGGGAACUGUAUGGGAAUGGAAACCACAGUGUGGCCAUUGACUAAAGGCUUGUGGGCUUCGAUGAAAGAGAAGCAUAGUGCUUGAUCGUUGUGGGAUUGUGGUGUGCUCAUCCGGAUUCCUGUCAGAGGGCGUCGAUCAGGCAGGCAAUCCAAGUUCUAAACUUUGAAUCAACAUUUCCACGUCUG